GACCACACGUCAUAUGCUUCGUGGUAUUCCUUUUUGGAAGAGCUAGGAACUAGAAUAGGAGACACCAACCGUCUUGGAAUCCAUUUAGCUUUGAGCGAUGGCAAUACCAGGCUUUCAGAAUGAAUUUAAGAAUAUUACUCGUGGAUCUGACCUUUUACUGCGAUGGGAGGCUAAUGCGACCGACUACCCCCUUGUGCUCUACUCCAGACUCAUCAAUCAGACGAGCGAAUUUGGAGCGAAUUCGUUAGAAGUUAACAUCACAAUUGGACUUAAUACCACUUCGUUUCUCUGGGAAAGCAUUCCAUACCCGCUCCCGUAUCUUGAGACAGCCAAAUACGAGGUAGAGGUGUGGCCUCAGAACCAAGUAAGGUCGAAGAUUUCAGCACCAGCUAUCGCAUCUUCGUCUUACUUCGCCAUUGCCAAAUCGGACGGGGAAGAAACCGUGGAUGACCCGAUAAAUCCCUUCAAUGGAACGACGAUACUACCAUCAAGGCCCACCAACCAACCAACUUCCAACAACGGAGUCAAUAACAACACGGCAAUUGCUGCUGGACUUCUCGUACCAGUCUUCGUCAUACUUGCUGUCUUAGGGUUCGUAUGGAUGCAACGACGGCAGAAGAAAAUCAUCGAAGAGAAGAGGAAACAGAGGGAGGAGCUCUACAUCGAUUAGAUGUAAGAUUCUAUUAAUACGGCGAGGGGCAGCUUCUUGGCAAGAUUCAUCCUCUAAUGCAACUAAAAGACGCGGGUCGGUCGACCCACGGAUAGUUCGGCA